AUGAGUACCUACCAACCCGCUACAUUUUUCCACAAAUGUGAUGACCAACGAGCAUACUUCGCCCACGACCCAGCGCAUCGGCUGCUCCCCGGUGCCACCGACAGCAACGAUGGCGACGAAUUCACCUGCGGCGGCUGCCUGGUCGCCGGCGCCGGCCCACGGUACCGGUGCGCGCACCCGGGGUGCGGCUUCACGAUCCACGAGGCGUGCGCGCCGCGUCGGUUCCCGAGGACGCUCAAGUCCGCCGUGCACCCGCAGCACAGGCUGAGGCGGCGCGAGGCCGCCACGGGCGAAGGCGAAGGCGCCGCGUGCGGGGUCGCCGUGCACCCGCUGUGCGCGCGGAUGCCGGCGUCGGCCCGUGGCCCCGCGCACCCGGGCGGCGGACACGAGGCGUGGCUGGUCCGUGUUGCGUCGCCGCCGGCGACGGCGCCGGAGCUGGACGGGGACGGCGAGCCGAAGCAGGGGAAGCAUGCGGCGGCGUCGGCGGGGUGUGAGGCCUGUGGGCGGCCCCUGGGCGCGUGGCGGUACCGGUCACCCGCGGUGCCUGGUGCCGGCCGGCGGCGGAGCAGUGCCGCGGCGCAGGAGAGGGAGAGGGCGACGGCGGGCGCGCGGAGUCCGUGGCGAGGAGCUGCAGCUGCGGGCUGCUGCCUGACCUCACGCGCUGGGCACCGCACUCAACUACCGUGGCUACUACAAUGGUUGACGCAUCCCUGUAUGUACGUGCGUCGUGAUGUAUGCUCAUACUGUAUACGUAUGCGGGAAGUUUAG